AUGUCAACAUCAUCAACUACAGGAACUACGGGAGCAGUAUUAGGAUCAUCACAUUCUUAUUCUUCCUCUUCUUCAUUAUCAUUAUCAUCAUCAUCUUCAUCAUCAUCCCCUUCAACUGUAAAUAAUACCAACAAUAAAAACAACAACAACAAUAAUAACAAUUUAAAUAAUAAUAAUAAUAAUAAUAAUAAUUUAAAUAAUAAUACAGAUAACAAUCUUCAAAAGAUAUGGAGACCAAUAUGGGUACCUGAUCAUCAAGAAGAAUGUUGUUUAAAUUGUCAAUCACAAUUUAAUACACUAUUAAGAAGACAUCAUUGUAGAGGUUGUGGUAAUUUAUUUUGUAAUAAUUGUACAAGUAAAAGACAAUCAUUACCACAAUUACACUAUAAUAAACCAGUUAGAAUUUGUAAUAGAUGUUCAGAUUUAACAACUUAUUCAAAACUUGCACAAUCAAAUGAAAUUAAAAAUAAAAUUGAAGCUGCAAAAGGAUUCUGUAAUUUAAGUACUGACUCAUUAGCAAGAAAGAUGAUCAUUAGAGGUUUCUUAACACCAUUAUCAUCUUUAUUCUAUAAUGGCAACUCUAUUGUAUAUAAACAUUUAACAAGAGCAAUUGCAAAUUUAUCUGAAUGUGGUAUGUAUAUUUCAAGAAUUGAUAUACUUGAAGCAAAUUUUUUAAAUUUAUUAGUAAAUUAUUUAUUAGAUAGUUUUAAAAAUCAAUAUAAUAAUAAUAGUUCAUCAAAUGUUGAUCAAAAUAAUUUUGAAAAUAAAAGUAGAGAUAGUAAUAAUAAUUUUAAUAAUAAAAAUGUAAAUAAUAAUAAUAAUAAAAAUAGAGGAGGAAAAAGUGGAAGAGGAGAAAAAGAAGAGAGAGAAGGGGAGGAAGAAGAAGAAUAUAAUGAUCAACAAUUAAUUAUUCAUGACGAAGAUUUUGAAAGUUUUUUAAAUGUUUGUAUAUGUUUUCAAUAUUUAAGUUGUGAAGAGAAUAUUGUAGUAAAGACAGAAUUGGCAGAUAAAUGUUUACCAAUUUUAAUAAAGAUGUCUAGAAGUUAUAAUAUACAAAUCAAGAAUUCCAGUUCCAUAGUAUUAUUAAAUUUAACAAAGAAUCCGCUAUCACGUGACCAAGUUGUACAAGGUGGUGGUUUGCAAUCAUUCAUUGCUAUCGCAUUGCAAGAUGAUGUUUUCUUGCAAGAGACUUCUUCACAAGCAUUAUCGAUAUUGGCAUUUCACCAAAAGUAUCAAAGAAAAGUAGUGGAAUGUGGUGCUUUACCACCAUUGGUUUUAAUGUUAAAUUCUUCCUCUGAAAAAGUACUACUUCAUACUACUGCCACUUUAUCAUUCUUGGCUGAAAAUAUUGAAAAUCAAAUUGCAAUCAUUAAAGUUGGUGGUAUUAAUCCUUUAAAAAAUAUUAUAACUGAUAAAAAUGAUCAUUGUAUUCAAAUUGCAAUUAAUGCUGCUAUAACUUUAUCACUUUUAUCAACAAAUAAAAAACUUUUACCACAAUUAGCCCAACAAGAUUUAGUUGAAUUAUUAACAAAGAUUGUAAUUGUAAAUUAUAAUAAUCCAUCAUAUGAAUUAUUAUUAUUAGCAGUUAAAAUCUUAGGAAAUCUUUCAUUUGAAAAGGAAGUUAAAAAUUUAAUUAGAAGAAAUCAAUCAAUGAUGAAUAUUUUAAGAAUUAUGGUUCACUCAACAAAUAGAAUUCAAUCAUUAGUUUCUAUAAUUUUCAAUAAUUGUGAAACUGGUCAACAAUCUCAAUAA